AUGGACAACCAGACCGUGGUGGUGGAAUUCAUCAUUGUGGGACUGUCCAACAAUCACCAUGUCAACAUCAUCCUGUUUGCGGUUCUAUCAGUUGUUUUCUUCUUGACUGUGAUAGGAAACAUCACUGUUGUCACCCUCUCUUUGGUGGACCAUCGCCUCCAGUCCCCCAUGUAUUUCUUCCUCAGGAACUUCUCCCUCUUGCAAAUCUGCUUCAGCUUAGUCAUCAUGCCCAGGUUCCUCUACAGCCUCCUGACAGAGAGAAAAUUUAUUUCCCUCCCUGGUUGUUUCCUUCAGUUGUUGUUGUUCUUUGUCGUGGGAUCCUGUAUAUUUUUCCAUGUGUGUACGAUGUCCUUUGACCGCUACAUGGCUAUCUGCCAUCCCUUGCGUUACAGCACCAUCAUGAAUGGCAGGGUCUGCUUCCAGUUAGUGCUGGGCUGCUGGGUGAUGAGUUUUCUCUUACUAUUUCCCCCAACGUUUAUGGUUGUGCUGUUACCGUUCUGUGGCCCCAAUGUCAUAAACCAUUUCUACUGCGAUAUAGCUGCAUUGCUCCAACUCUCCUGCAUCGACACGGGACACAUUGAGUUAAUGCUCUUGGUUGCAUAUGUAGUGGCCUUACCUGGCACUUUAACAGUCAUCAUAAUUUCCUAUGGCUGUAUCAUCUGUACUAUCAUGCGGAUCCCAUCCACCGCAGGGAGGAAAAAGGCCUUUUCCACCUGCUCUGCUCACCUCAUAGUUGUUACGAUACUGUACAGUAGCACCAUCUUCAGGUACAUCCGACCAGGUCAGCGGGGCACUCAGGACUUUGACAAAGUUGUGUCCCUGGUGUACUGUGUGGUGACUCAACUCUUUAACCCCUACAUCUACGCUCUCCGCAACGAACAAGUCAAACAGGCUCUGAAGGACAUAUUUGGCCGAACAAUUUCUAAGUGUCUGAGGAUAUCAUGAAAAUCUGGAACCCCAAAGAUACAGGAGUGAAGAGAACAUGGAUGGUCCUUGACUUCGUGCCUGGCUUCACAAUGGGCUUGGUGGGUCCUGAGCUGUUAACAGGGGUGAAUUUAUCUCCUCAUGUCGAGGUUGAUAAAUUGUAUGCCCAAAAGGGAUCCCCAGAUCAACAAGUGUGAGCUCCUGAUAACACAUGCCACAGAAUUCCACCAAUUAGUUACGCACUGAGACUAGUAACUCAUGUCUAAUGAAAGUGUGUCUUCCUGAACGGCAUCCAGUCUUGACUGGAAGAC